AUGAUUCAAUUAUUCGCUCUUCUCGCUGCCGCUGCUGGUAGAUUAAUCACUGAAGCUUGCCCAAUCUAUGCUCCAUUCUUUGGAGCUAUGGGUGUUACCUCUGCCCUCGUCUUUACUGUCAUGGGUGCCGCUUACGGUACUGCCAAGUCCAGUGUUGGUAUUUCAACUAUGGGUGUCAUGAAGCCAGAUCUCGUCAUUCGUGCUUUCAUUCCAGUCAUUUUUGCUGGUGUUAUUGCUAUCUAUGGUCUCAUUAUUUGUGUCAUUAUCGUCGGUAACUUGGGUAAGACCACUGCCAACUACACUCUCUACAAGUCUUUCACUGAUCUCGCUGCCGGUUUAACUGUCGGUCUCUGUGGUCUUGCCGCCGGUAUGGCCAUCGGUAUUGUUGGUGACUCUGGUGUCCGUGCUUUCGGUCAACAAGCCAAGCUCUACGUUAUUAUGAUGCUUAUUCUCAUUUUCUCUGAAGCUCUUGGUCUCUACGGUCUCAUUAUUGGUAUUUUGCUUUCCGGUGUCAAGGAUGACUACUGUCCAGGUACCCCACUUGCUCCACCAGCUGCUCAAUAA